UGAAGGAUAUCGGCAUUAGAUAAUAAUUGAAAUUUUCCCUGAUGUGUUGUAAUAAUAGGAAGUCAUUGGUGGGUGUUCAUUUUAGUCGAUAGCGUCUGUGAGCCUUGAAACAUUGUUUUCUUGGCCAGUUCUCCGACGAUUUUCGAUUUCUAAUGGGGACUCUAAAAUCAAUGCGCUCUUGGCUAUUCGUGGUUUCCGUCGCGUAUUGUCUAUGCUUAACGCCCGUAACGUCUCAAGAGAAAAAGAACUGCAAGCCAGGGCGAUGUCCUGCGUUUAAAGGAGGAAGGAUAUGCCCAGAACAAUUUGAAAUAGAUGAUGAAUGUCAUGACGAUUUCGAAUGCACUGGUAACAAGAAAUGUUGCUCUGAUGGCUGUCAGUUAAAAUGCUUGGCUCCUUCCUCAGUGGACACUGAGCCCAAGCCAAAUGAUCUAGAGCAAUAUUGUAAACCCGGGGAAUGUCCGCUCUUUGCAAUUCGUGACGACUGCCCCCACUUCUGGGAAUUACAAGAUGAUUGUUACUUUGACUUUCAAUGUCCUAAGGAUCAAAAGUGCUGCUCUGAUGGCUGCGAACUACGUUGUAUGGCUAUAAAAGUGAACGUCACAAUUGCUGCUCCUACUACUAAGCCUACGGGUCCAGAUCCAACAAAGGAUAUCUUUGUAGGUGUUACUGAAACAACCAAAUCAACAGCAGAAAUGCGAGUAACGACUGGAGUUAUUACUUCCGAUGUGGUCACUCCAUUCUUUCCCACUGGAACAACUGAGAUUUUACCAACGGAAACCUACUAUUUCCGCGUGGUUAUAUACAACGCUUAUCGCUUCGACGUAACUGUAACGACGUCCUUGAAAGAAGAAAAAUAUAGGACAUUUGUUAUUCCAGGACAACAGAACAAAACGAUCGACAUUGAAAGGGCCAGUUCAGAAAACGUAAAAUUCACCGCAAAAAACCCAUCAGACCAGCCUGUUCUAUUAAAUAAUGCUUUUUCACAGCAAAUUCCCGGGACACGUUCAUACCAAGCUCCGCAAAACAUCUAUAUCGGCGCUCGAGUGACAACCAAGGCACCUGAGGUGGUAACUGAGGCUCCUGAAAUGGUAACAGAAGCUCCUGAAGUGGUAACAAAAGCUCCUGAAGUAACAACAAAAGCUCCUGAAGUAGUAACAGAAUCUCCUGAAGUGGUAACAAAAGCUCCUGAAGUAACAACAAAAGUUCCUGAAGUGGAAACAGAUGCUCCUGAAAUGACAACAAAAGCCGCUGAAGUGGUAACAAAAGCCCCUGAAGUGGUAACAGAAGCCCCUGAAGUGGUAACAGAAGCUCCGGAAGUGGUAACAGAAGCUCCUGAAGUCGAAACAGAUGCUCCCGAAGUGACAACAAAAGCCCCUGAAGAAGUAACGGAAGCUCCUGAAGUAACAACAAAAGCUCCUGGAGUGGAAACAGAAGCUCCUGAAGUUAUGACAGAAGCUCCUCAAGUGGUAACGGAAGCUCCUGAAAAGACAACAAAAGCUCCCGAAGUGGUAACAGAAGCUCCCGAAGUUGUAACAGAAGCUCCUCAAGUGGUAACACAAGCUCCUGAAGUGGUAACGGAAGCUCCAAAAAAGACAACAAAAGCUCCCGAAGUGGUAACAGAAGCUCCCGAGGUUGUAACAGAAGCUCCUCAAGUGGUAACACAAGCUCCUGAAGUGGUAACGGAAGCUCCAGAAAAGACAACAAAAGCUCCUGAAGUGUUAACAGAAGCCCCUGAAGUGGUAACAGAAGCUCCUCAAGUGGUAACACAAGCUCCUGAAGUGGUAACGCAAGCUCCUGAAAAGACUACAAAAGCUCCUGAAGUGGGAACAGGAGCUCCUGAAGUUGUAACAGAAGCUCCUCAAGUGGUAACAAAAGCUCCUGAAGUGGUGACAGAAGCUCCUGGAGUGGUAACGAAAGCUCCUGAAGUAACAACAAAAGCUCCUGACGUCGUGACAGAAGCGCCUGAAGUUGUCACAGAUGCUCCUCAAGUUACAACAAAAGCUCCUGAAGUGGUCACAGAAGCUCCUGAAGUGGUCACAGAUGCCCCUGAAGUGGUAACGAAAGCUCCUGAAGUGGUCACAGAUGGCCCCGACGUGGUCACAGAAGCUCCUGAAGUGGUAACAGAAGCUCCGGAAGUGGUAACAGAAGCCCCUGAAGUGGUAACGGAAGCACCUAAAGUGGUAACACAAGCUCCUGAAGUGGUAACAGAAGCUCCGGAAGUGGUAACAGAAGCUCCUGAAGUGGUAACAGAAGCUCCUGAAGUGGUAACAGAAGCUCCGGAAGUGGUAACACAAGCUCCUGAAGUGGCUACAAAAGCUCCUGAAGUGGGAACAGGAGCUCCUGAAGUUGUAACAGAAGCUCCUCAAGUGGUAACACAAGCUCCUGAAGUGGUAACGGAAGCUCCUGAAAAAACAACAAAAGAUGCUCCCGAAGUGGUAACAGAAACUCCUCAAGUGGUGACAGAUGCUCCCGUAGUGACAACAGAAGCUCCUGAAGUGGUAACAGAUGCCCCCGAAGUGACAACAAAAGCCCCUGAAGUGGUAACAGAAGCUCCUGAAGUGGUGACAGAUGCUCCCGAAGUGACAGAAGCUCCUGAAGUUUUCACAAAAACUGUAACUCCUGGAGUCACUUACAACUUGGAUGUUACUAUUGUGAAUGACUAUGGAAGAGCUGUCAGAAUUUUAUCAAACCAUAUGAAAUAUCAAAAAUUUGAAAUCCCUGUUGGCGGAAGGUAUCAAAUAAAGUCAAGUUCAUCUGAAAGAAAAACAAUAUAUAUUAGUGCAUUUGAUGUUGAAACAUUUGAUCCAGUCAAGAUAGACGGAAAGAACUCACUCGCUGUAACCAACAGUAUCGAAUCAAUAGCUCGCAUCUAUUAUAUUCCUUCAGCUCCAACAGCACCACCACAAGUUUCAACGAAAAGUUUACCAACCCCUGUUACUGGUAUCGAUACCAGUGAAGCUCCCGAAGUGACUACAAAAGCUGCAACUAGUGCUCCUUCUGUUUUUACUGGAAAAGAAACUGAACAGCCUUCACCCCCGGCAGGUGUGGAUGUGUCAGCCUCGACUCCGAAAGCCCCUAAAGUGACAACAAAAGCUCCUGAGAAGGUCACAGAAGCUCCUCAAGUGGUCACAGAAGAACCUACAGUGGUAACAGAAGCACCUGAAGUGGUAACAGAAGCACCUGAAAUGGUAACCGAAGCACCUAAAGUGGUAACAGAAGCACCUGAAGUGGUCACAGAAGCACCUGAAGUGGUAACAGAAGCACCUGAAGUGGUCACAGAAACUCCUGAAGUGGUAACAGAAGCCCCUGAAGUUGUGACAGAUGCUCCCGAAGUAGUAACAGAAGCUCCUGAAGUUGUAACAGAUGUAAUGACAGAUGCUCCCGAAGUUGUAACAGAAGCUCCUGAAGUGGUAACAGAAGCCCCUGAAGUUGGGACAGAUGCUCCCGAAGUGGUAACAGAAGCUCCUGAAGAGGUAACAGAAGCUCCUGAAGUAGUAACAGAAGCACCUGAAGUAGUAACGGAAGCACCUGAAGUGACAACAAAAGCCCCUGAAGUGGUAACAGAUGCUCCCGAAGUUGUAACUGAAACUCCUGAAGUGGUAACAGAAGCUCCUGAAGUGGUAACAGAUGCUCCCGUAGUGGUGACAGAUGGUCCCGAAGUGACAACAGAAGCUCCUGAAAUGGUGACAGAUGCUCCCGAAGUGACAACAGAUGCUCCCGAAGUGAUAACAAAAGCUCCUGAAGUCUUAACAAAAGCACCUGAAGUGACAACGAAAGCUCCUGAAAUCCUAACAGAUGCUCCCGAAGUGAUAACAAAAGCUCCAGAAGUGACAACAAAGGCUGUUGCUUCAACUGAAUCCCCAGUGUAUUACGUCAACAUAAGAGUUGUAAAUGAUUACGGUUAUGACAUUGAUGUGCGCAGUAGUUCAGAUGUCAUCGAUGAUUUCGAAGUACCUAAAGGUGAAGAGCGGAAUAUUCAAGCCACAUCAAACACGGCAGAAUCAUUUGUUAUUCGAUUUUACGAUCGUCGUGAUGGCAUUCCAAUUCUGGUCAAGGGCGAAAAUUACGUAAGAAUAAUGCCAAGAACUUCGCCAUUGUUUGUGCACGAUAUCGUCGUGGAAGCUGGUGAAAUUAAGUUCUAUGUUGUGUUCUUGUUGGUUAAUAACUAUGAUCGUGAGGUUGUUGUUUCUACUGGUCUUUCUGGGACAUCUGGAAGUAUUACGAUGAGAGCAGGUCAAACGUUUGCAGUAAGUGAACAGCCAAACAAUGACAACCCUAUCAUCGUGACCGCGAGGGAUAGCUCUAACGUCGAAGUCAACAUCAAUGAUCAAAGCAGUAUUUCCAUCACUCCAGAUGAAGUAUUUGGUGCUUCGUUCCAGGUUUUGUUUUUACAUCGUAAAGAUCCUAUACCAACGGUUGCUCCUGGAGAAACAGUGUAUUACGUCACCUUCAUUAUCACAAACACUUACGGUAGACACUUCGACUUACGAACAAGUUUACCAUCUCCCUAUAACCGAAUCAGAAUUAUAAAAGAUCAAACAGUGCGCAUGGCAAUCAGAGUCCCAACACGAGAAGAUGUUACGUUUGAAGCCGCGCUGGAAGCUGGAGAGCAGAUUUCAGUCAAUGGCAAAGAUGUGUUCCUAGUCACACCACGAGAAAAUCCAAAGAAAGUAACGGUCUUGACGGUUCCAGAUGCAGCAGCUUUUGUAGAAGUGAUAUCAACGCGUCAACCUAUUAUCACAGAAGUUCCGUCGCCGUUCUACGUGAAAUUUAGCUUAACCAACACGUAUGGAAAAGAUAUUACACUGAAUUCUAAUUUACCUGAUCGAUAUUCUUCCAUGAAUAUUCCCAGUGGACACAGUUUAUCUUUAACUGUUCACGUAAACACACAGGAUCUCGUGUGGUUUACAGCCGUCGAUAGAGAUACAGGAAUGAUAAUUUCAAUAAAUGGAAAGGAGCGAUACUGGAUUACACCUCGAGACAAUGAAGAGUUUGAAUAUGUUUUGGUUCUUGAAGAAAAAACUCCUGAUGUCAGAACACAAGCUCCGGAACCUUCAACUGCUGCUCCUGAAGUGAGAACAAAACCUCCUACUGCUGCUCCUGAAGUGACAACACAAGCUCCGGUUGUAACAACAAAAUCUACAACUCCUUCCCCUGCUGUUGAAACAACAGCAAGAACAACAGAUCGUGUUGCUUUCUAUCUCCCAAUGAGGGUCGAAAACAGAUAUGCUGGAGCUAUUAAAUUGAAAACGAAUCUUCCAUCACCAAAUGGACACUUCAAGAUUCAACCUGGAAUGACGCUGGUUAAGAUCAUUAGUUUGGCGUCAUCUGCCCCAGUUUCAAUAAGUGCUCUCAGCGUUUUGACUAACGAGAAACUUUUAGUCAAUGGAUUACCUGUCUUUAUAACCACACCUUCCGAAGUUCCCACGGCAGCGUACAUAAAACUUGAGGUUACAGAAGUCACCACGGUUUCACCAAGUCCAACAACCCAAGAAAAAGGCUGCAUCAAAAAUUCUGGUGAACUAGUCAAGAUUGGAGAGGAAUAUUCCGAGGAUAAUUGUAGCCGCUUGUGUGUUUGCACAUCAAACGGAAUAGAAUGUCGAACAAUGUGUCCGGAUAAGAUUUUCAAUUUAUUGGAAUGUAAAUUACCUUAUAUCCUCAAGUUUAUUGCUUUUCCUGUUGGUCCGAAGAGACUCGACUGUUUCUGUACGCGAGUUGACUGCGUACUCCCAGAAACAGUUCAAACAACCAUUCCGAAAGUGACCCCGAAAACGACGUUAGAACCAGGAGAACCUCCUGUUAUCAGAAGAAAUCCUAAAGCGAUAGACAUUGUUGCAAAACACAAACGGCGUUACAAGACUGUCAUUGGUUCUUCGGUCACGUCACCUACUUUAGUCGCUAUCACCAUCGUGUGUGCGGCAGAUGGUAAACCAACACCGGAAUAUACAUGGACUAAGAAUGGCGAAGCUGUUAUUCGCUCCAGCAACGUCAAGAUUUUAAGCCGAGGCAGUCGCCUUCGAAUCAAAUCUUUAACUUCAAACAAUAUUGGACGCUACGAAUGCACGGCUAGAAAUGCUUUCGGAGUUGAUACAGCGAUGACCAAUCUCUCCGUCUGGACUCCUAUUAAGUUCUUCGCUCCUGUCAGCUUUACCAACAGCCUAAACAAGGAGGUCGAAAUAAGGACGACAUUAAAGAAACCAUUUGAUGUAAUAUUUGCUCAACCCAAGCAACAAUUUCGGUACAUACUGCGUCCACCAAGCAUGGGGCGUGUGUCGAUCUUUGCAUAUGAAAAGGAAUCCAGACAAAGACUUUUGGUUAAUCGCAAGUUCACAGUUUCGCUGCUACCGAAUAGAACAAUUAGUCGAUAUUGGCCUAUUAAUAUCACUACAGCUGCUACUAAAGAAUAUUUGCUCUACCUGAAUGUCGAAAACAAAUUCCAAAACGACGUAAGGCUCGUAACUACUAUGACAGAACCUCAGUUCAGGAACACGACUAUUAGAGCAUUAAGGACGCAAUCUCUUCGAUUCUCAACCUCAAGUCGAUCACCAGUAACAAUCACUGCCUACGACUCCGCCAGUGGCAAAAGAGUAAAGAUUAACAAUAGAGAUUAUGUGUCUCUUAUUCCAUCCACGCAAACUGCUCGCGCUGUUACAUUAAGCAUUACUUCAAUAGACAGGCCUGUUUGGUACUACUUCAUUUUAUCGGCCAUAAAUCGACAUCACAACGAGGUGCAGUUGGAGUCAACGAUGGAAAUAACCAAUAGUACAUUUGAUAUUCGCCCUGGCGCUGAAUUGAAUUUAACGGUUAAAACCAACAGUCCAAACGAGGUGUCUUUCCGCGCCUACGACAAAAUCAGUGGUUACCCAGUUCUUAUCAAUAGAAGACCUAAGGUUGAUUUAUUGCCAGUAAAAUCUCUUGCAUCGCCCAGACAGGUGAUGAUUAUCGCAGACGCUCACGUUGCCCAAAAAUACUAUGUUGCGUUUAAAAUAAAGAACAACUACCAAAACAGUAUCUCAGUGCGAACAACACUUAGGAAGCCGUACCAAGAAUUCCAGGUCCUACCUUCUGACACGUUUUCUAUCGAAAUUGCUAUAUACGACGACAAAGAUGUCAUAAUACAAGCCUUAGAAAGUGCAUCCGGGAGGCCUGUUACACUUAAUGGCAGGCAAACAAUUGUUCUAAAACCCCAAGCCUCGUACCAAACACCUCGAUUGUUUAGCGCUCCAAAUGAAUAUCAACAGCUCCAUUUCGUAACAUUUAAACUGAGAAAUACUCUGGACAAGGCUAUUGUUCUGCAAGCAAAUCUUCCUUCUCCGUACCAAACUGUCGUGCUUAAACCAGGAGAAAUUUUCAUACUAAAUACAACUAUUCCAAGACCACGUCCAGUAUUCAUCAGUGCCUUCUAUGACCACACAACCAAUCGACCAGCGAGAAUAAAUGGAAAAACAUUCUUUAUUAUUUAUCCCACAACAAAGCGGGUAGUUAAAGUUUCAGAUACCCCAAGCCCAAGGGGACAGUAUCCUCUUCGUUUCUCCAUUGAGAACAAAUUUGACAAGAAAAUAUAUAUAACAACAACGUUGCCACGGCCAUACGGUUUGAUCACGUUUGAUCCUAAGCAGAAGAUUACAUUUAAAGUUAACGUCACAUCACGCGAUCCUGUUACUAUAAAAGCAUAUGACUUCCAUCAAAACACCGAGGUUCUACCAAUUAACGAUAAAUUCAGCAUCGAACUAACACCUGGUUCUAAAACUUUGGUCCCCUUAGCCAUACCAUCGAGAACAUACGCAAUGUACUACCUCAACUUCCAAGUUUACAAUAAUCUCGGAAGGGAUAUCAUCCUUUCAAGCCGAUUGGACGCGCCCCAUGACUCAAUUCGCGUUCUUGCUGGCCAAACGCUUAAAAUGAAGAUCUCGACACCUCGAAAUCUAAGCACAGUGUUCACAGCGACUGAAGCAACCCACCGUAGAAGAGUGAAACUUAAUGGGAAAGAUAUGAUAAUACUCAUGCCUUCCAAAUCUCAAGAUAUCUGGCAAUCAAUUUAUAUUCCUGCAAGAGUUGUUUACUACGUUGCAUUUGGCGUGAAGAACAGCUAUGGUAAAGAUAUUUACCUGACGACAAACAUGCAACCACCUCAUAAUACAAUCAAUAUUCCUAAGGAUCAACAAAUUCAGAGAACAAUAGUGCUGCUUGACCAAAACUUGGUGAAUGUUCGUGCUCGUGACGCUGCUACUAGACAGGUCGUUAAAAUUGAUGAUCGAGAUUUCAUCACGCUGAAACCCAACCGAAGUAAACCAACCACCUUAAGAAUAUACCAUGUUCCAAAGGAAGGGCCAUAUUUUCUUUCUGUCACAAUCAAGAACCUCUACCGUGAAGCAAUCCUGCUUCAAACAAAUUUACAAUCCGAAACGUACCCUAAUAUACAGCCGGGAGAUGCAUUAACACGCACUUUCAAGCAAGAAAGAUCAGGCAACAUAACAUUCAUGGCUUACGACACACUAGCAUUAGAGUCUGUCACUUUAAAUGGUAAAAACAAGAUCAGUCUUAUUCCUACAACUCAGCGAAGACAACCAAUUGUGAUAUAUGUGCCAUACAAAGGUUGUCCAUUACCUAACGGUCGCUUGUUGAAAGUUGGCGAACAGUACACCAACGAUGAAUGUACAAGACUUUGCACGUGUAAUGAGAAAGGCGUGUCAGCUUGUGUCGCAUUAUGCCCUACCGCUCCAAUAAGUGUGUGUAGCCCUCCAUUGGUCCAGAAAAGAAGCCGCGUACCGACAGGUCCUGCUGAUGGUAAAUGUACAUGUGAACAAGUCAUCUGCGUUGAAGAACAAACAACAACAGAUAAUUCAACUGAAGUUACCGUUCCUUCUGGUGCAGUCAACCAAGCCCUUGGGCGUUACGCUUCACAAUCAAACGUGAGCUUAGGAGGUUAUGCAUAUUUGGCCACAGAUGGCAUAAGAAGUGGCAAUUACGGCGAUUCCUCUUGUACCCAUACACCACCUGAAGAAAAUCCAUUUUGGUAUGUGUCAUUUGAACCCUACAAAGUCAACAUAUCAGUUAUACGUAUCACAAACAGACAGGACUGCUGUCGAGAAAGAUUGAGUGACUUCGAGAUACGAAUUGGAGAUUACUUUGGUGAAGAUGCUGAGAAGAGUCCAAAAUGUGGCGAUCGACAUACAAUAAGUGGAGACUCGAAAGUUAUCUCAUGCCGCGGAAUGGUUGGUGGCUUCCUGACCAUCAGAAUACCUGGAAAACGCAAGAUUUUAACCUUGUGCGAAGUCGAAGUCUUUGGCACUCAAAUCCCAGGAACAGACACAUUCAGACGUCGCCGUCAACCACAUGGUCCACGAAGAUAGAAUACUUAUAAAAUAUAUACUGUAUUAAGAGCUAAGUAAAUUAUUACAUUUUAAAUAAACAAUUGAAGCAAGACAUGACAUUAAUGAUAAAUCUAUAGACUUAUAUAGUAGAGUUUGUUCAGAUAAAAAGUUGUUGUGUAUUAUUUAACCUAACCUUCUGUUUUGUUUAAAGAGAAUAGUAUAUGUCUUUAAAUAAUAUUUGUGAUUUUAU